GAUUUUAACAACAGCAUUGGCCUGUAGACCACUCUUUCCCUAAUACACGCCCUUUACUCAGCCGUAAGUUGUAGUUCUGUUCUCUUCCAUUUGAAAUUCAACCAUGUCGGAUAAAGAGGGAGAGGCAAAGUCCAAAAAGUUUAACAUUGAGAUAAAGACUGUGGUUAAUGAUACUCUUAGACACUUGGACUUUUUGAGACAAGUUGAAGCUUUUCCAAAUCUUUUUCAUCCAAAUCUUAUAUCUGAAUCUAUAAGACGCUAUGAAACAUGCUGGCUACCCUUGAAGAAGAAAUUCCCACAGGAACUUCUGAUACCACCUUUGGACGUUUACUGGGUUUGGCACAUUCACUUUCUUUCUGGCCAACAAUACUUUGACGACUGUGAAGUUAUAGCAAGAUGCCCUAUUGAUCAUUGGUAUCCUAAUGGUCUUGAGGAGGAGUAUAAUUGUAGGGAGUUAGCUAGAAUGAGAUGGGAAAAAAUGUUUAGAGAACCUUUCGAAAUAAAUCAUAAAAAUGGAAUGUGGGAAAAAUUCCCUAAACGUUCAUUUGAGAGCAAAUUAAAAUACGAUAUUGCCGAAGCUGUUAAUCAUCAAAAGCACUUUUACUAUCAAGUCUCUUUGAAACACUAUUGGGAUUCUGAGUUCCUUUACAAUGCUUGUAUGCGCUAUAAGAAUUAUAUUCAUCUUCUAGCGAAAAAUUCAGAUAAAACCCUACUACCACCUAUAGAUGUUGUACUCGUUUGGAGGGCUCACAUGUGUACCACUCAAGAUUAUGAGGAGGACUUUAAGGAUGUACUUGAGACCUUACCAUCAAUACCGAUAAACUCAUACUUUCAACGAAAUUUACCUGAAGCCGUUGAAGCUGAGAAGGUAACAAGAGAGCUUAUGAAAGAAGAAUUCAACAAAGAAUAUUCCGUUAGAGGUGGAAGUUUCAGAGGAGAAGCUCCACACUCUUCUAUGUCUGUAGAAACUGAAGAACGUCAAGCUGCUGGAAGGUCGGCAAGGUUUAAUGUUAAAAUUAGAUCUUUCGGGAUUCACGUAAAUCCUGAUCUAAAGAAUGUUACUGUUAAACUUGAUCUGAUUCCUAGAAACUCAGGUGAAGCUGAAGUAGUUAGCUUAUGGAAAAAAUCAACGAAACUGUCUAACCGUCCCAACAGUUGGGAAGAUCAUCAGAAUAGUCUGAAAAGCUUUCAGUUCGAUACCAUAGAACAUGAAAAGAUCAGGGUUCAACUUUACCAUGGAUCGAAAAUUAAGGAGCCCCCUAUAUCAGAAGCUGAGGUGUAUAUUUUAGAUUUGCAUUAUUCACCUGAUGAACAUCAAAUCAUUCAAAGAGAUGGUGAAUUUAAAGACAGAUAUGGCGGAGAAUAUUUUGGUAUCUUCCAUAUCAACUACGUUUUGAUUCCUAAUCCAGUUUUCGGGGCCGCUCUCUUUGAAGUUGAAGAUACAGAGUUUACUGUUAGAGAAAAAAGUAAUGCAUCGGCUUGGGGACCAAUAGCUCUACCCUUAAAUCCCCCUUCACCAGAUACAUACACUGGAGCUUGCAGCGUUGCUCUCCAUAAAAUUUUUAAUCAUUCAAAAGAUGAGACUUAUAAUGUUCGCGUACUCCAUUCAGUAGAAACUUGUAUGUCAGCCAUUCAAGUGAGAGUUGAAGAUGAUUAUCAAGCUUUAGCUCAUGUUAUUGGGUCCAACCAAAUUCCUCUACCCGAUCAGUUAAACAACCCUGAUUUUGCUGUGACCUUAGAUCCCAGUAAGAAGGAAAGAGCUAUCUUAGUGAAAGACGGCAAUGGUGAUCAUUCAAUUGUUAUUGGUAAAUGGAUAUGUAAACCUCGUCCCAGACGAGAUCAUUAUGGACGAAGCGAUCCAUCUGCCACAGCUGAACCCUCAGCAACUAAUCCAGGUUUUCUAGAAAUCACUAUUCAUGAGUUAAGAUCAUCUCAAAUUUCCAAGAUACCAGUUCCAACUAGGCGACCAAACGGAACCUAUGAUUUUAAGAUAUCAACCAAUGAAGUAGUUAUAGACUUGAAAGACGGAACAAUAAAUGUUUUUGAGAGAACUCAGGAGUUGGCUGCAAAUGUUGCUCUUGGUUUUGCUUGUGGACUCCUUUUCGUUCUCUGUCGACCAAAAGCAGAAGUCGACAAUAAUCCACCAGAAAGAGAAAGAGAAAGAAAUCGUUACGAUCAAGAAUAUAACGGAUAUAACCGAGGCGGUAGAAGAUCAAGCUUUGACAGAGAUUAUGGCGAUGAAGAUGAAUAUGGGAGACCUCAUAGGGGCAGAGGUAGAGGCGGUGUAUUCCAAGAAAAUUUAGUUCUAGUUAGAGCGGCAGGAGUUCGGGCUGAGAAAGUUCCAUUUAAGGUAAAUCGAGAAACAGACGACCAACCUGGAUACGGGCCAAAUGUCACUGGUUUUAUACCUGCUACGAAAAUGUUUGACCAAGCUGGAGGUCAUAUGAGAGAAGCUUUCAGCGCUGAUUCAUUAGAUGUCCCUCAUCAUGGUGAUUUUAGGCAAUUCCGUGAUGAUAUGCACCAAGAAAAAAAGCCAAGCGGGUUCUUUUCAAAACUUGCAGGGAAGAUAAAAGCACCAAAAAUGUCAUUACCUGAAAUGGAUGAUUUGGAUAUGGAUGGAGCUGGAAAAUUCGGUGCCAAAAUGGCUGGUAAAGCCUUUGAUGGAGCAAUGGAUGAAGCUGGUAUGGGAGACUUCUCUGGAGCCGCUAAAAUGGGAGGUAAAAUGGCAGGAAAAUUCGGCGCCAAAAUGGCUGGUAAAGCCUUUGAUGGAGCUAUGGAUGAGGCCGGUAUGGGAGAUUUCGCUGGAGCUGCUAAAUUUGGAGGUAAAAAAAUGGGCAAAUUUGGUGCCAAAAUGGCUGGUAAAGCUUUUGAUGGAGCAAUGGAUGAAGCUGGUAUGGGAGACUUCUCUGGAGCCGCUAAAAUGGGAGGUAAAAUGGCAGGAAAAUUCGGCGCCAAAAUGGCUGGUAAAGCCUUUGAUGGAGCUAUGGAUGAGGCCGGUAUGGGAGAUUUCGCUGGAGCUGCUAAAUUUGGAGGUAAAAAAAUGGGCAAAUUUGGUGCCAAAAUGGCUGGUAAAGCUUUUGAUGGAGCAAUGGAUGAAGCUGGUAUGGGAGACUUCUCUGGAGCCGCUAAAAUGGGCGGUAAAAUGGCAGGAAAAUUCGGCGCCAAAAUGGCUGGUAAAGCCUUUGAUGGAGCAAUGGAUGAAGCUGGUUUGGGAGAUUUUGCUGGAGCUGCUAAAUUUGGUGGGAAAAUGGGCGGUAAAGCUUUUGGGGCGGCAAUGUCAGGUGAAAUGGGCGAGUUUGACACUGGUGAUAGUGGAAAUUUCUUUAAAAAAGGCUUCAGUAAAUUGAGCAAGCUGUUAAAAUCUAAACCAAAAAUGGAUAAUAUCGGAGAUUUUGAUGAUAUGGCUUUUAAUGAAGAUAUGAGAGGAGCAGCUGGAAACUUUGCCGAUAGAUUAGGACAAGAAGGUAUGAGACAAAUGAGACAACAGUAUGGAGGUCCCGAUCCAGAUGAUUUUGAAUAUUCUUCACGAGGUGGCGGUCGGCAAUCAUCUCCAGACAGAAUGGGUAACAGGAGAGGAGAAUCUCCAGACAGAAUGGGUAACAGGAGAGAAUCUCCAAAUAGACAGGGCCGAAGGUAUGAUUCUCCUAACCGCAGGAACAGGAGAGUAGAAUCUCCCGAUAGCCGUGACGACUUCAGAGGAGGAUUUGACCAAAAUGAUGUACAACAUCCGGGAGCACCACGAACAAGAACCAUGCCAAAUAAUUUCGCCGGCGUAGAGGCUGCUCGAAUAGCUCAACGAUCAGCAAACCGUUAUAUUCAAGGCAGUCUUGACAGACGAGAACCCCGUGAUGAGUACGAAUAUGACGAUCGAAACAAUCAUCGUGGAAUGGCUGAGGAUAUGGGUAAGUCAUUGGCUGAAGAUUUGGUUGGUGCUGGACUUGAAAAUGCUCUUGAAGAUGUACCUGGAGGUCAGAUGUUAGCUGACGUAGGAGGAAAAUAUGGCGGCAAGUUAGCUGGUAAAGGUUUGUCAAAGUUCGGAAAGAAAGGUAAAAAAGAAGCCCGAGAGAGAUCUAUGUCUCCUAAUAACCGAGGUUGGGAUAGAAAUAGAUCACCACCUGGACCUAACCCAUAUGACAGAGGAGGCUAUGGCAAUAUGGCUAGAAGAGGUGGUGAAUUUUUAGGCGAAGAAGGAAUGAAUGCAGCAUUCGAUGAAUUCGGCAUGCCAGGUGGAGAUAUAGCGGGUAAAGCAGGUGGAAAAGCCCUUGGAAAGGCUGGGGGCUUAUUCGGCAAGUUCGGUAAAAAGUCUAAAAAACAGAGUUCGAGUGAGGAUGAAGCUCCUUUCGAUCCUCCAGGCGCACCAACAGGAUAUGGUAGGGGACAUUAUGGUGAUUUCAGAGGUGGUCAAGGAAAUUAUAAUCCAUACGGAAGAAACGGUCAUGGCAGCCCCAGAGGAUAUGGUGCCAGGUCAAUUGAACAUGAUGAUUACAACUAUAGAAAUCAUGCUUAUUAA